AUGGGCUCCCGCACGGCUCUGACACACACCAUUAGCCAGCAUUUACACCUUGCAGCUUUACGGGACGGUGAGAGGGAGCAGAUUGUCCUGGUUUGUUCAUGUGGGGGGGUUGAAGUGGGAUCUCCUGAAGCGGAUGGGCGGGUGUGCUGCACGGCGGCGGGCUGUGGGCUUGAUGGAUCCCAGGCCCGAGCCACUGCCCCGUUAGCGGCGCUGGGACCCCGGAUCGCCCUGGUCGCCUGUCAGCCUGUGUUUGGUCUCCCCAGUUCCACAGUUCAGGGAUAA